UAAUUUAAUAUAUUAGAUUUAUCAAUGAAAUAAUUGAAUAUUAUGGGAGCUUUUCUGGAUAAACCCAAGACGGAUAAAAAGAAUGAAAAGGGAGGAAAUAGUGCAUUCAAGUUUGCAACAAGUUCCAUGCAAGGAUGGCGUGUGGAUAUGGAAGACAGUCAUUCAGCUAAAGUAGGCUUACCUUCACUACCACAAUGGUCAUUUUUUGCAGUAUUUGAUGGCCAUGCUGGCUCUAAAAUAGCCGAAUAUUCAUCUCACCAUCUCAUUGAACAUGUCCUGUCGCAUAAAAAGUUUGAAAAUUUUAUAAAUAACGGAGAGAAAGGUGGAGAAAUGCCUGAUGAGGAUGUCAAAGAAGCCAUUCGAGAUGGAUUCCUUAAUCUUGACCUAAAAAUGCGUGAGAUUUCGUCGACUAGAAAUGACAACGAUAGAAGCGGUUCUACUGCAACAUGUGUGCUAAUAUCUCCACAAAAAUAUUACUUUGUGAAUUGUGGGGAUUCCAGAUCAUUGUUAUGUAGAGAUUCUAAAGUUCAUUUUUCAACAGAAGAUCACAAGCCUAAUAAUCCUCUCGAAAAAGAAAGAAUUCUCAAUGCUGGUGGAAGUGUGAUGAUUCAACGAGUAAAUGGUUCUCUCGCAGUUUCUAGAGCACUGGGUGAUUAUGAAUAUAAGAAUGUAGAGAGUAAGGGUCCCACAGAACAACUUGUCUCUCCUGACCCUGAAAUCUCAGUGGUAGAAAGGCACGAAACGGAUCAGUUCAUUGUUCUGGCAUGUGAUGGAAUAUUCGAUGUAUCUAGUAAUGACGAGCUUUCUGACUUUAUAAUAUCUAGGAUGGAAAUUUGUGAUGAUCUAGUUAAAGUCUGCAACAGUGUCGUUGAUACAAGUUUGAACAAGGGGAGUCGAGAUAACAUGACAUUGAUAAUUUUGGCAUUUCCUUCGGCACCGAAGAGCAAUUCUGAAGCAAAGAAAAGAGAGGAAGAAAUGGAGGAAAAAUUGAAAAACCUAGUUAAAGAAAUAUGCAGUGAGGUGAAGGAUGAACCAUUAGAAAUUGGAGGAUUAAUGCAAACAGUAGCAAAUCGUCAACAUGAAAUCAAAAAUCUUCCCCCAGGUGGAGGUGUAUAUGCAAAGCGAUUCCUCAUUGAAAGCGUUUUUAAAGAAGUCUACACUGGUAAAACUGCUUCUGAGGACUCAUAAUUGAGAUUUAUGAAUUGAACUUUUUGAUAUGUAUUAUAAUUUUUGCUAUUGUUCCUGGUGGAAUGACGCAAGAGUUAGAGCCACCCCGCUAUCAAGUGGGUCCAAGUCGCAUUCUUUCAUCGAAGUGAUGCGGUAGAAGAUCCUAGCUAAUCUGUGGAAUAUAAUUCAAAUCUGAAGGAAACUUCAAACAGCUAUUUUAUCAAUUAUAAGCACUAACUAGUAAACCAUCAUCCCUGGAUAAACUUGUUGCUGUUCCGAAACAACUUGGAAGAUUUCGAAACUAACAGAAAUUACAACUUAAAAAAACUACUUUCUUAUUUUUAUCACUGUAACUUCCAGUUGUUUCUGUUGUAAUUAGAAAUAGAACCUCGAAUAGGAUCUGUGAAGCAGUAUUUUCUUGUAAUUUAAAAAACUUUCUUAGCUAUCAACUCAAAAAUUAAUUUGUCGACACAUAUCCAGUAUUUUAUGCUACUGAGCACAGGUUGUGCUUGUAAUAUAAAUAUGUACUUACUCUAUAUGUAUGAUUUGGCUGAUACCUUUAUGAACGUUUUGAAAUAUUGUAAAAAUGUACUACAGUAGUGUGAAAAUGAUUUUGAUUAUUUGUUGAGGCUACAAAAUACUCUAUUUUUUAAGUCGCUUUUAUUUUACUGUUUCCAUUUAUGGAUGUCGUGUUGACCGUUGAUGAUUUAAUUUCUCGUCCAUUACUAUUCGUCGUUGGCGUUAUUUCUUCUCAUUUUACGACUGACUGAUUAUCUAUCCUUGUGUGUAGUAGUUGCAGCAGCAUGUAAUUUUCAUUUUGUAUUUGCUAACUGCCUUGUUUUCUACUACGAUUAUCGUUCAUGAUUUUAUGUCUCCCUCCACCAUAGCUGAUGAAACGUCUUGAAAAACACGAUGUUGUCGUGGGUUUUAUAAUUAUUAUUAUAAAAUUAAAUAUACAUAUUCAUAUCAAUUUUCAUAAUGAUGAAUGGGAUUUAUUUUUAUUUUGGUGGAUUGUCAUUCAUGUUCAUAACGAUUUGAACUUUUUAACGAUUUAAUAUUCUUCGUAUCAGAACAAAUUUAUAGUUUCCACAACCAUAAGACCCACACCCACUUGUGAUAGCUUUUUUGGAAAAAUUCUGGAGAACUUCUCCGUCAUGGCCUGAAUUUAUAUUUUGGAAUGAAUUCUAUAAUUUCACACGGUUACAAUACAACAAAAAAGAAUAUUUAUUAAAAGGAGUUUUUAGUCGGUGAUGUUAGAACUAAUAGAAAAUUAGGACUGUUUGAAAGAAUUCUUUCUAUCCUGUGCUAAGAUGAAACAUAUAUAAUAUUCAUCAAAUGUCUUUUAGUCUAAAACAUUCGAAAGACAUUUGGUUCAGUGGAAUUCUAGUUCUUCUGAAAUCCUAGCAGUCCUUCCUUAUGAAUUCUGAGAGAUUAACUAGUCUAUCUUUGGUUACUGCCAGUCACUUACAGGCUGGUAAUGAAAUAAAUUGAUAUGAAUUACAUUCUAUGAAAGGGAUGGUGAACUUUUUUUAAUACAUGGGUCAAAAACUAUAUUUUCAUUAUGGAAAAAAAUACAUAGGUCAUACAUAUUAAUACAAUGUUUGCCCCAAAGGAAACUUUCUGUUGCAACUUGCAAUCUUUGGUUGGUAUUGUGUAGUUUUGAUCUUUACACCUGCGGCACUUAUAUCAGGAAUUAGGUGAUUUCUGGAACUAAAUUUUAUAAAACUUAUGUGCAAAAAAUGCGGAUUUGCAUAUGAAUUAACGAAACAUCGAAUCUUUUUUGGUUUCAAAAAAUAAGAUUUCAAAUUAUGAAUUUUAUACGGUAUGCACCUAACCAAAACAUCGCGUUUUGAUUGGUAUACUCACUUUCUAUAUGGUCAUUCAGUUUGAUACAUUCUAGUGAGUAGCCUUUUCUUAAAUAUAUUUCCAGAUAUCUGCAUUUGCCACUAGUUAGUUAUAAGUGUUGCCAAAUUUGACAUCUUGUUACUUUGUAAUAUCUUCAUCUGGUGAUUCUGAUCUACUUCUAGAGUUCUCAACGAACCUGCUGUUAUUUUCUGUGCUAUUUGUAUAAAUUGUUUUGACUUAGUAUAGAUGAAAUCCUGCAUCAUUGUCCUAUUCAGGAAGCUUAUCUGUUACCUUUGGAUUGAAUUUAACAGAAUCUAAACUUGGCUCUACUAAGUGGACAUUAUUAACAUAUUAUUUGAGUAUUAUAUUAUAAGCAUAUUCAAUAAUCUGUAAAAUUUGUAUGUUGACCUUUGUGCAGUCCAUGGUGAAUAUUUUUUUCACAAAUGACACCCAUUCUAAAAUAAUUUUUGUGCAUCACGAGCUGUUGAUGGGUUUGCUUAUGUAGUACCUGGAUGGCUUUAUUCAUUGUGUAUUAAUAGACAUGAUGAUUGUUUACUAUCUGGAAUCUAGUAUGAACUAGGCAUGUAAGCUUGCUCACUUUUGUAAUUGUUUUUGAUUUCGCAAAAAUUGGUUUUCAAAUGCUUAGGUGUCUCUGUCUCUUUUGUAAUUAGCUGAGCAGAUGGCAAAUGAUGAGAAACUUACUAUUUUUCUCAUAAUAAUUUCUUCAAAAAAA